CUUGAAGCAGUCUGCUUCAAUCAUCUUCACAUCUUGUCUGUUACUGGUAUCUCACGUGUUUACUUUCUGUUUCUCUUUUCUUGCUAGUUAUAUUUUUAUUUCAAUAUCAGACACAGCUCACAAUUAGAUACUGUUACACUUAUAUUACAAUAUGAAUUGUUAACAAUAGUGAUAAAGCAAUUCCAAUUGUGAUCUUCCAGUUUAACAAAUUUGUCGAGAUAUCAACAACAUGGCAAUGUCAACUUUUGCAAUUAGACGAUUUGGAACAUCAGCUUUGCUAUGUAAACCAAAUAAGAAUUUUAAAAGUGAUGAUUUUGACGUUAUAAUAUCUGGAGGUGGAAUGAUUGGUUCAUCUACUGCCUGUGCACUAGCUAAAUCUCCCUUACUGCAAGAUUUGAAAGUGUUACUUAUCGAAAAGGCUCCGAAUCCGUUUUACCAAUCCGAAAAAUUUAGUAACCGGUCUCUGCCUUGAGUCCAGGAUCACAAAGGUUCUUGGAAUCUCUCGGUAUUUGGGAUCACAUGCUGAUAUCAGAUCAAACGUGUCCGGAACAUGAAGGU